AUGUCAGCUCUCCAACUCUUACUCGAAGACGCUCAGUGCUGGCCACCCCAUCUUGAACCCUGGCACUCUCUCUUGACUCCAUAUCCCGCUUUCUUCUUCGACCAACCACCUUCCCCGACCGAAACGGUCUCGUCUUCUUCUAGCUCGUGGUCACCUCCCCCGACCCAUGUCGUGUGCAAUGCACCACUAGUCGCUCCCAUUCCGCUGCCGUACCACAGCCCCAAAUUCCUCCAAUUUGACUUGUUACCCGACAUUGAUGAAGACCUUUCCCAUCCUCCCUACACGACUCGCAGUCGCACUGCUGCCCUGAAACGGAAACGGGCUGAAGACGAGACGAUCAAUUCUCGUCAGUUUCAGAAGCGGCGCAUGAGUGCUCCCCAACCAGCAACAGCCUCUACUGGGCGUCGCGGCCGGGCUAAUUUGCCCCGUCGAUAA